AAGUUGGCAAACUCUUUUUGAUGAAACCAUGAAGAUCAAUAGCACAAACCUCAUUAUCUCUACAGCAAUUCUUGACAAGUUGGUUGGUAUGGUGCUUGUUUUCACUCCUCAUUCAAUGCCUUCUGCUCCCUAUGAAGAUAAUGGAGAGGUUGUUAAUAUUUUUGUACAAUUGUAGUGUUAUUUGGGCUUGUUUAUGGUUGUUUGUUGGAUCAAUCAUCAAUGAAGUUCCUAUGCUUUGAUAGCAUGCAAACUAUUUGUAGAAAUGUCUAUGAGAGCUCAAAGUUGUGAUCUUAAUUGGUUGUUUUAGUUCUUUUCUAAGUUUUCACACUUUUAGUUUGGUUCAACUGUGAGUAUAGAGUUUAGUGCAGUACUUUUGGUGAGACCUGCAACUCACAUUGUUCAAUGUAUUCAGUGAUGAGGAUGUUAUCCAAAUUUCUUUUCACAUUUUCAGUUUGUUUAUUGAUGAGUUUUGGCUCAGGAAGUAGUAGUACACUUAAUGCUUCCUUCAUUUUUGGUGAUUCAUUGGUUGAUGGUGGAAAUAAUGAUUACCUUCUUACUCUAUCUAAAGCUAAUUAUCCUCCAUUUGGGAUUGAUCUCUCGCCUCAUCGGCAACCAACCGGCCGCUUUACCAAUGGAAGAACAAUAGCUGAUAUUUUAGGUCAAGAAGUAGGAUUGAAGAAUUGGGUGCCUCCUUAUUUAGAUCCUAGUGCUACUGGACCUGCAGUUCUGCAAGGUGUCAAUUAUGCUUCUGGAGGAGGAGGACUUCUCAAGAAGACCGGGAAAUUUUUCGGUGCAAGUCUCAAUCUCUACACUCAGAUAGAUUGCUAUUCGAAAACCAGGCAAGAUAUAAUCUCAAGCGUCGGAAGAACAGCAGCUUUAAGACUUCUCAGAAAGGAAGCUCUCUUCUCUGUCACAAUUGGAUCCAAUGACUUUAUAAACAACUACUUGAUUCCAAUUCUCUCAGUUCCUAAAAGAGCUGUAAUUUCUCCGGAAAUGUUUGUGGAAUCCUUGAUCUCCAGUUACAGACAGCAACUAAAAAGAUUGUAUUACUUGGAUGCUAGGAAGAUCCUUGUCGUAAAUGUCGGACCUAUAGGCUGUAUCCCAUACAUGAGAGAACAAAGUCUAUCCUCAAGCACCAAGUGUUUCGACUUAGCGAAUCAGUUGGCCGAAAACUUCAACAGUAGGUUGAAGGAUCUUGUGCAGGAGCUGAGCUCGAGUCUUGAUGGAUCAAUCUUUGUAUACGCUAAUGUCAACAGUAUUGUAUCAGAUAUCAUUCAAAACUAUAGACACUACGGUUUUGAGGUUGCUGAUUCGGCAUGUUGUCGCACUGCAGGAAGAUAUGGAGGUCUGAUACCAUGUUGCCCGAAAGCCAAAAUCUGUUUGGAUAGAACAAAAUAUGUGUUCUGGGAUCCAUAUCACCCAACUGAAACUACAAAUAUUAUCAUAGCUAAACAAUUGCUUGAUGGUAACUCAAAUGUCAUCUUUCCGAUGAAUAUCCGUGAGCUUUCCCAAGCUUGAGAUUAUUCUAUUGAAUUCAUUGUUAUACACAUUGAUAAUGUUACUGCAUUAAUCCUAAUAUUUCAGUUUCUCAGUUAGAACACAUUGAUGUAUUUCUGUGUGUAUUUGUGAUGCCAUAAUUAAUAUAAGGAGGUGGUGUUUAUCAUCUUGUGCUUCUGUUUUACUGCAUUUACACCUUAAGUUUUAAAGGAUUGAAAAUGUGAAAGCUCUAUAAAAACUUAGAACUCUCUUGAAUGAGCAUCAAAACUUCUCAAGGAGAUGUAAACAGGACAGCAACCAGGUAUGCUCUUGUUCUUUUUUCUGAAACUCAUAACUUGAUACUCAUGUUCCAAUAUGUUAUAGAUGAUGAAAAGACAAACCUUUUCUCAUUAAUGCAUUAAUCAGUACAGUAUGGACAUUGGGAUAGUACAUCCUCUUCAAACAGUUGAGUUAGUCAUUCAAUGAAUGCAUUAUCAUCUCAAACAAGCUGGAAUUACUGGUGCUAAAGUGGAUUUCAUUAAUGUGAGUUUUAGUACUUCCUUUCACUCUUUAUAUCUAUAGCACAUACAAGUAACAUCUUAAUUAAUAUAUUGCUUUGCAGACAUUAGAGUAUUUUUUAGAGGAAUAUGAAGAUAGAGUGGAGCUUGCAAAGGCAUACUACAAAAGGACUAGAUGAGUCCAUAGUAAAGAACUUCAAUGGAAAUGGAAAUGGGAUGGGAUCAUUGCUAUAGCAUGCAACAAUUCAAUGACUUCUUUUUCUUGAGAACUAGGCAGAUACUCCUUCGGUUCAUUUUUGCUUGUAAUAUUUUAUAAUUUUUUAUA